AUGGUCAAGUUGUCUCAAGCUUUGAAUAAGUUGAUUGAGGAGGCUAUAGGUAACGCUAAUAAGUCCCUUGAUGAACGCGAAUCCAAGCUUCUUUGCCGUGGAAAACCUACUGAUAAACCUUCUGACUCCUCCUCUUCUGACCCCUCUGUCCAGCCCUGUUGUAAGAAGCAGGAUGCUGAAAUUGAAAAAGCUAAAAAUGAACUUAAAACUAAACAGUCUGAAUCUACGCAAUCUGAAGACUCUAAAAAGAAAGAAAUUGCUGCCCUAAAAUCUCAAAUCAAAAAAGCCGAAGAUGCUAAAAAUGACUGUGCUAAGACCCAUUACCUCCCUGAGGAGGAGAGGCAGAAGGGAUUGGAGGAAGUGAGGCAGCAGAGAGAAAUUGUUGAGAAGCUUAAGAAAUUUGCUGAAGAACUUGAUAAAACUAAUAAUAAUAAUAUUUUAACGCAUUUAUGUUCCGGCCUCGAAACCUUCCUCGGCUUCAACCCUGACUCCAAAGGCUACGAUGGCAGUGGGAUUGUCUACUCUGACCUUGACAGGCUGUGUGACGGGGUGAUGGGAUUUUUGCUUAGUAUAAUCACUGACGUAAAAAAAGAUACAAAUUUAACUAUUUAUAAUGGCAAUUUACAAACAAUAUUAAAUAGCAUUGAACUCGCUAAAUAUAAUAGAAAAACGCAUUUUGAUAGUAGUAUUGCCUUUGUCAGUCAGGGGAUUAGGGAAUGGGUGAGGGGGGUGGAGGGGAAAAAUAAAGCGGUAACAAGGCCAUUAGAAUAUCUGCAAUUAAGAAUAAAAGGCCAUUUAACGGCAUCAAUGGAAGACAAGCCGGUUACAGAGCAAUUGGAGAACUGGCAAGGCAUUGCAGGUGACUACGUUGGUGAUCUAUUGGACUUAGAAUCGGCGUUGGAUGGCAUCGAUGAAAACCUAAAAAAUAAAUUGUCACCCGGAAUGGAGUUAGUAAAAAUGGUAGUUGAGAAUUUCGAAGCAACCGUAAAUGAUGAGAGCGUGAAGCGUACUGUCGGGGCGGUUAAGGCUAAGCUGGCAGACCUUCCGCAAAACGUUAACCAAGGAAUUGAAAAGAAUAUACAGGAAUUGCACGUGUCAUUGAAUGGUAAUUUUGCCGAGAUAGGUCGAAAUAUCAGCAGUCUCAGGCACGAUAAAGAUUAUCACGUUGGUGCAAUUAAAAGGGCCAUUCGGACGGCAGAGCAGUUGGGUGAAAAAUUGGUUGGUGAUAAGGGAGAUAAUGGGUUUGAGAAUUAUAAGAAAGGCUUUGGUCUGAAGUUUGCGAAUAUAAAAACGGAGAUUGAGAAGUUUACGGAUAAUAGCACCCCGCUGUCUGCUGAGUUUGAGAAGCUCAAGAGCGGGGUAGCCGGCUUGGAGGAGAACGUUCGCCAUGGGUUGGAGAGUUUGAAGAAUAAGAUUGAAACACUGGCCGACACUGUACACAGCGAACCUAUUAAAAAUAUUCUUGUUCAGAAAGCUUUUGAGAAACUUCAAAAACAGAAAAGUAGGCUGGAUGCGGCGUACCUAGCAGCUUCUGGGCCAUCUAAUAAUCUUAAGACUACAUACCAUCUAACGUUUAAACCAAAAUUCAAUACGUUAACGCGGCAGGCCACCGACGUUAGCAUGGGCAACGUUAAGAUUCAGCUAAGUCGGUUGGCGGAACGAAUCGAAGAGCAGCUGGCGACGCUCAAGAACAUCCACACGACAGUGAAGAAUUCGGUGAACGCGGAGUUUAAGAAUCUUAAGGAUGGGAAGUUGAAGAGCCAUGUUGAUUUACUCUACGUUGAAAUAAACAAAGUGGUAAAUGCGUAUGUGGAGGAGUUGAAGAAUGCGUUGCAGGCGGGUGUAAAUGCUGCAACGAAUUAUCCUAGUAACGGCUCACAUGACGGAUUGGAUAAACUUAUAGCAACAUUGAAAUCAAGCGGCAAUCAGCUGCAAACACUAAUUCAGCAAGCAAAACUGCAAUCAUCCAACAAAGUUGUUCAUUAUCUAGAAAUAUGUUUGAAAAGUCUCCAUGAAGCUAAUGCGCAAUGGAAAACCCACCCACUCUCCAAAUCGUCGGAACUCCUAGAAUCCAUGAAAUCCGCAAUAUCUGAGCAGAUCAAUAUGAAAAUUGAAGCGGCUAAAAGUACACAGCUGGAAGAUCUCCUUGAAGCUGCAGCUAAAAAGGGGACAGAAGAUUAUGCCGAAAACCUUCGCAAGAAUAUCAAUGGUGAGGGAGUUGCUAUGAACAACGUCGGCAUCUAUGGUAAAAUUGAUAUAGAAAUUAAAAGAAUUAAAAAUCCUUUGAAUGACCAGAGCCCUGAUGAUUUUCAGAUUCAAUUCAAAGAUUUCGAAGCGAAGCUCACUGAGUUACGAUCAUCGUCAAAGACUGCAAAAUCAACGGAAGCAGAUGUACAAAGCAAACUCGACGCGUUAAUCGCAGCUGUUGACAACCUUAACGACUCCAUAUCUAUGUUCGAUGAAGAAGCUAGGGACCGUAUCAAAGACGCCGCGGAUACAGCUAUUGAAGAAGCCGUGAAAUGUUUCAAUACACAAAGUAGCAAUGAUACCAUUGACGUCAAGACUAUUAUGGAGCAGUUUGAAGAGGCGAACACGUCUCUGACUACUGCUGUUUCUUUAAUAGGAAAACAGCUUGAUCUGUUGAAUCAACUUCCAGCAUAUGUCACCAGCAAAAGCGGCGAGGCUGAUGAAACCAUGGACAACCUGAAAGCUGAGAUAACGAAAAUACAAAAGGCCAUUGAGCACAUUAUGCCACUCGUUGAAUCAGCCGAAAAGGCGUUCAAUAAGGUUAUUGACACUCUAGAAAGCUCCGUAAGUAGUACCCGAAGCUUCGUAAAGUUUGCUCUGCCAGCUCUGCAGACUCACCUACAAAAGCAGGUAACUCAGGCAUUCGCUGAUUUGGAAUACAACGUUCAAGAAAUGUUUGACGCACAGAAAAAAUCCGAAUUAAAAAUGGUUCAGAAGUGCGUUGGAACUCAAAUUCCGAUGCUUCAAAAAAUUAUUGAUGAUGAUGCUAAAGCAGGCCUCAAAGGGCUCAUGAAAACGUUUACCGUCAUAACGACGCUACUUCACACUUCCGGUACAUCUUUCGACGCUUACUCUAACAGAGUGAAGAACUUCUUCGCAAAUUUCUUAGCAGCAUUAUCUCACCUCACCGACCUCUCCCCCGACCGCCUCACCCCCCUCGCCGACGCCCUCUCCGCCCUCCUGUCCACAAUGAACACCCAACGCCACUUCCACGCCGACGUCUCCUCUCGCCUCGCCGAACUCCAAUCCGCGCUCGACACCCUCACCCCCUCCUCAUUCGCCGACGCCUCCCCGCUGCUCAACGUCGUCAAGGCCGGCGUCCGGGCGUUCCACGGGGAGCUCGCGAAGCAGUACGUCAGCAGGUACUCGGGGAAAACCAUUGAGUGGUUGAAGAACGUUGAGGGGUCUAAGACUGGAGAAAACGAGCCUACUGGAGAAGCGUUGAAGUGCGGUAAAGUUUUUUUCAGUUGCUUGCAAAUGCUCUUCGACGGUCUGCAUGAGCUUCGGCAAAACUGCUCGAGUAAAGCUGCCUGGGAGCACAAAACUAUUUCGCUAACCGAAGCUGCGCAACACGGUAAUACAAUCACCAAUCCACUCGGAAGGUUUUUCCAGCGCUGCGGUUACACUGUCUGCUCAGGCCCGAACAAGCAUAACGGGGAGCUGCGGAAUACGGUGAAGUGCAGGGGCGGGCAUAUUCACAAGAAGUUGGAUGCAGAAAUACCAACACAAGGGACUACCAAAUAUAAGCUUGUCACCAAAGAAGAUCUUGACGAUGCCGUUUUGCAUAGACAACCGCAGACAGACGACGCAGCCAGUGCAAAGCAGUAUGGCAUCCUGAAGCAGCUCGUCGACCACCUCCACGCUUACUACAGCGUAUGUCAUCUACCGCAUUUCGCCGCGAGGAAAUAUCCGUGCACCGUAUUUGACAUGCUCAAGUGGCUGUGCGGCCUCACUUCCAGUACCGUCUACAACGACCUGACACUCAACGGCUUCGAUGUGCUGUUUGAGAAAGACAAAAAGGAGACGGAAGCUGCAGCUACGACUGGUGACAUCCCUAUUAUAGAUGAGAAGCCCGCGUCUCUGUCGGCGUACCCGUAUGACGUCACAACUCGCCAACUAAGAGAUGUACUUAUUGAUGUCUGCCACUACUCCCAGGACGUGCUCACCUGUCUGCUUGGCAAUGGUCACGCCGAUGGCAUCUACGCUUGUGAGUUCAAUACCAACUACGACGGGUUCAUGUAUCCCGGUAAUAUGGACACGUUAUUGUGUAUGUUGCGUGAGAUUGUAAAUCGCGUGUACCUUCAGCUGCACUUCCUAUUCCAACAGUGUCAGUACGGCACUUCGCUGAGCGGUUGGCUGGAAUGUGAGUACGGUAGAGACGUCGGCGGCUCGUCAUGGCGGUGCAAUACCAACCAAUGUGCUGACCAAACGUGCAAGCAAAUAGCUGACCAAAAGAGGAACCAAAACUGUAAGUUACACCCUAAGUGCGGAGUAAAAUCGCCACUUCAGUCGUUUUUGGAAGACGGCCUCCAGGGUUUCUUACCUCAUCAAAUCAAAUAUGAAAAAGGCAAACUGGAGUGCAACGUUAAGUCUCAUGCCGGCAUACAGUGUAUCACGCCGAUGGGCUUUGCCGACAUCAGUCACGUUGCUUCCGUCACUCAAACAGGUCACCGCAUCGCGGAUGUGCUUGCUGGCUUCUGCGGCAAUCAGAUGUCUCCUCUAGCAAAGAUGUGCAGUCUAUUGAAUUGUGCUAUUCUCAGUGCGCCGAAAACACUCGGUGAGAUGUUCGGGUUCUAUUACGGGUUCCUCAAUAGAUGGGAGCAGCAGGACAAAAAUCGCAAGGAGCACAGGGAAGAUGCUUAUAGAAAUGCCGUUCAAGAUGCGAACUUCGGGGAUUCCAGUACAGAGUUGGACAUCUCUCCACUGUUCGAGAGCACUGCGCAUACAGGCACGUCAACGACUCACGUCAAAGGAGACCUGUUCAUGCUUGUCAAAUGCAACGGUGAGAAAGCAGCACUGGACCCCGUCGGCACGUGCGGAUCAUACCUCCAACCUCUCUGCGGAGACAUUUGUAACAUGUAUUCAAAGGAACACGCUGACAAAUAUCUGUCGUGGAUUGUAUACCUGACGGAGACGUUCUAUGAUCUGCUCUCUAAACUGCUUGACGAUUGCAAGAGCAGGUGUGGCUCACCAAAGUCCAGAUGUCAGCAGCAGACGUGCGUUAAGAAUUGCCGUGCCGUUGUUUCUACCACUGAAAGCCCAGCUCUCAAUCACGAUGAGGCCUGCAAAUCAAUAGUACAAUGCCAAUCAUCGCUUCCCAACUUAUUCAAAUAUGGCUUCUAUUAUGGAAGUGCAUCGGAUCUCAGCGGAUCGUAUAACAAUGCGACGAAACGAUCCUGCAAAGAUCUCUGCAAGGCCCUAGAAAGGGUACUCAACAAAGAAGAAAACCGCGGGCACGUACUUGCCGAUUUGGUUUUUAAAAAACUUCCGGAUUUCCUAUUCACCAUCAGGCAGCCCUUCAUCUGGCUCAAUGUCGCACUCUGGUCGCUGUCCCUCUUCUACCUCAUCUGCGUAAUGGUUGGCAGACUGGAUGUGCUCCACAUUAGGUCACACCUGAGGGUACCGUCGUCGCACAAGAUAACGGCGCAGUCAUUGUUGGCGGCGGCGCAAGUCGGAAGGCUUGCCAAGAUAUCGUACCUGCAACCGUGA